UUUUCAGUUUGAAUCAGUAUGAAGGAGGAGGAUGAUCUACAGCUUAUAUUAACAUGGAGAGACCAUAAACAAGUUCUUACACUGGUUAUGGAAACUUUGCGUUACAAGGAAUUGUUCGCUGAUGUUACCCUGAUCUGCGGUGAGAAACAGUAUGCUGUUCACAAGUUUGUUCUGUGUACUUGUAGUCCAUAUUUUGAGGAGUUGCUUGAGUGUGUACCAUGUGAACAUCCAGUGUUGGUUUUAACAGAAACCUCACAUGAAACUUUGGAGGCACUGCUUGACUUUAUGUACCUGGGCCAGACAGAUUUCUGUUCCAAAGAUUUGGAUCGACUACUUGAUCUUGCAUAUGAGUUCAAAAUUUAAAAAGGAUUAAUUAGCCCCAAAGAUGAAGCAGACAGACAAAAACUUGAAAAGGAUUCAGUUAAGCAAGAGCUCUCUGAGGUUAUGCCAGAUAAAACCACCCUAUCAAAGGAACUUAAAAACGAUUCAGUUCAGCAAGAGCUUUCCAAGGUGAUAACAGAUGACACCAAAUCAUCAAAGGGACUUAAAAGGAAUUUAGUCAAGCAAGAACUUUCUGAGGUUAUGUCAGAUAAAUCUACACACUCAGAGAGCAUUCAAGAGAAGAGUGAUAAAGAUGGGAAAAUUGGUGAAAAGGAUUGCAAAGCAAAUGAUAAGGAUGGCAUAGUUAGUGGUGAAAAUGACAAAGGUAGUGUUAAAGGUGGCAAAGUUAGUGACAAAACUAAAUUAGAAGAAAGAAAUCUAAAGAAAUCUCCUAAAAUUUAUGCAUGUAAAAACUGCAAUAAAACAUUUGGGGAACCAGUCCAGUUAGAAAAACAUAUGGUGGUUCAUAUAGAAGAAAAGCUCUUAUCAUGCCCUGAGUGCCCAUACAGAACUCUAAGUAAAGUUACUUUAAGCAAGCACAUUUUAACACAUGUGAAAAAAAAGGCAUACUCUUGUCCAUACUGCCCAGAUCGCCACUGUCUUGAAAAGCAGCAUGUUUUACACCAGAGACGGAUGCAUCCAAAGAUGAAGGUUGUCAUUAAUGAGUCUUCAGUACCAGGCUUGGGAAAAUCACUUCAUAAAAAGCCCAAAGUCAGUAAAAAUACAGUUAAAGAAAAAGUCAUGUCACCAUCACUACCUUUACAGAAAAUUCAUAAAUCUUCAGAAUCUGGCUUCUCACCAUUGCAGACUCUUGAAAGUAAUGCAAGUAAUAGAGUCAGUCCUUCACCAUCACCAACAGCAAAAGCUCUGAUUAGUCCAAACUCUAGUGCUUCCUUAUCGCUACCAUCCAAAGUUCCAGAGUUCACCCGCAUGUCUCCAUCACUACCUCCUCCUUCAGAGAUGGCAAAGCAUACCAGAUCCAACUCCUCACCAUUACUUCCACCACCAGCAAAAGUUCGAAGAAUCUGUAGGAACACUACAUCACCAUCAUCACCAUCAAGAAUACAGAAAAAAUCUAAAUUUAGCUCUUCCUCAUUACCACCAGCUAAAGUCAGAACCAGCAGAGAGAUUAUAUCCUCAUCUUCAACACAGAAGGUGCCAAAAAAUGCUGGCUCUAGCACAUCUGCAUCAUCAGUAGUUGGGAAAAGGAAGAGGUUAAGCAUAUCUCCUUCACCACCCCUAGAUUCCUCAAGAAGUUCUAGCUGCUCUAGCUCUUCAAUCAAAAGCCCUGAAUAUGGUCCUUCACCUUCACCACCACCAUCUAAAUAUGUAAGAAGCACAAGAUCCAACACAGUGGCAGAAUCAUUAAGACGCAGUCUAGAGAGAAAUAAAUUAGUUUACAGUACUACUUGCAAGUCUUAAAUUAUAUUAUUUAAAAGAAUUCACUAUUUCUUUUGAGAUUAUUCUACAGUAAGUUUAGGUAAAAAAAUC